CCUGAACUAGAGCCUCCAGAGGCAGCAGCAUCCCUGCUUUAGUCAAUGCAAUAAGGAGAGAGAGAGAGAGAGAGAGAGAAGCGCCCUAGCAAUGGAACAUCAGCUGCUAUGCUGCGAAGGAGAGACCAUUAGAAGAGCUUAUAACGACCCCAAUCUCAUCAAUGAUCGGGUCCUGCAGACUAUGCUCAGAAGCGAGGAGAACUGCCUGCCCUCUCUCACCUAUUUCAAGUGUGUUCAGAAGGACAUAGCGCCUUCCAUGAGAAAGAUUGUUGCAACUUGGAUGCUGGAGGUUUGCGAGGAGCAGAAAUGCGAGGAAGAAGUGUUUCCGAUGGCGAUGAACUAUUUGGACAGAUACCUGUCCGUCGAAUUGACCAAGAAAACCCACUUGCAAUUACUGGGAGCCACUUGUAUGUUCCUGGCCUCGAAAAUGAAGGAAACGAUUCCGUUAACAGCGGAAAAACUCUGCAUUUACACCGACAACUCUAUUCGGCCCGAGGAGUUACUGAAAAUGGAGCUGCUUGUUCUCAACAAGCUGAAAUGGGACCUAGCCUCUGUGACCCCCCACGAUUUCAUUGAACACUUCCUCAACAAGCUGCCCAUUCCCAAGGACAGCAAGCAGAUCAUUCGCAAACAUGCGCAGACGUUUGUGGCUCUAUGUGCUACAGAUGUCAAGUUUAUAUCGAACCCACCAUCGAUGAUUGCAGCUGGCAGUUUGGCUGCAGCUGUUCAUGGCCUCCACCUGGGCGAUAGCGACAGCUUUCUUUCCUAUCAGUCUCUCACAGACUUCCUAUCACAAAUCAUCAAGUGUGACCCGGAUUGCUUACGGGCGUGUCAAGAACAGAUUGAGUCACUUCUUGAAACAAGUCUACGUCAGGUACAACACAACAGCAUAUCCUCGGAAACAAAGACUGUUGAGGAUGAACUAGAUGUCUCCUGCACACCGACUGAUGUGCGAGAUGUGAACCUAUGAUAAUUGACAAGAACGGUCACUGGCAAUUUGCAAGGAAAUGCUCGCUAUAUAUAAAUAAAUAUAUAUUAAAAAAAAACACCAUGACCUCCCCUCCAAUAUCUCCAACACAUUUAUAAAAAGAAGGGAACUGCUUCCUUUUGUGUUUUAGUGCUUGUGUCCCUUCACCAUGCAUUUUAAAUAUGAACUAGUCUAAAACUGAUUGUUUUAAUGAACAGGAAAGAGAAGGCUUUUGCAUAGUCAAGCAUGUGUUAGCUACAAAAUACAUGCAAAUUAUAUGAGACUUUAAUGGAAAUGCAUUUUUCAAUUCAAAAACCAUGUUCAUGCUUCUAAAUUUAUAAUAGAGAGUAGAAAAUGUCGUUAGGGGAGGUAAUAGAUUUGAUUUUGAAUAUGAAUGAACCAUUUUUAAUGUAGAAGAGGGUUUUAGGUAGUAAUGAUUUAAUCUUUUUUCUAUUUAAAAAAAAAGGAAAAAGUGAGUAAAAAAUGCAUAGCUUUGACUGCAAUUUAAGCUUUUCUAUACCUGCUUGCAUAUGUGUCUAGUCACUUUAUAAUCGGUUUGUCCAGAUGUUUAUGUGAUUUCUUAGUGGUUAUCCUCUUCACCUUAUAAAUGGUUGAUGUAACCCAUUGGUGUAUUUUAGUUAUCAGCAUUAUUAUUUGUAUUCUUUGGAAACUGUGGAUAAGGCUUGCUGGGUGCUUGCUUAUUAUUGCUCAUGCAGGUUCAUUUUACUACUCGUGGCUAAAUACCUAAUUAUACACACACAAACUUACUAAUGAUAUAAUACCUUUUUAAAAAGUCUUUGUGUCUUUUAAUUUUAUUUUUUUGCCAGAAGAGACCUAUGUAAAUAUAAUGUUGGCUAGAAUUGACCCAUUCUGGCCAAUCAGUAACAGGUUAAAUCCACAGCCUGUGGUGAUUUUUUUUUUCUCUCUUCUCAAACCAUUCCAUUUCAAAGCACUUUUGGUCAGUAGAAUUUUUUUUUAAUUCUUUGUGUGGAAAUUUAAAGAAAAGUUUAAAAACAAAAUGGAAUGGUUUAGAAAUAUUAAGUGCUUGUGUUUGCAAAACAAGUCAUUUCGACUAUGGUGUUUGAGAGGGAAUUGGAACUUGGAUUGUGACAUUCCAGUGAAUGAUAACUACAUUCCAAACAAAAUACUGCCGGCAUCACCCACCAUUUUUUUUCUUAUUGAAAGAACAGUGUUUAGAAAUCUUUCAUGUGCCAACUAAUUUAUAAAUGGGGCCUGUGUAGACGUAUUCUUCAGGUUUUAUCAGCACGUGUAGAAUGUAACCAUGUUGUUCCGGAAGCUUGAUUAUCCACAACUAAAGAAAAUGCUUCAUGUAAUUUAUUUAUAAGGUAAUGUAGAUCUAUUUAUUGUCAGUCUGAAGUACAAGAAGCUUCCAGUAGAGAUACAUCAGAAUUCAGGUGUUUUGUGUCGCAAAUAUAGGAUCUUAGUCCUUAUACAAAAAUGUCUCGUUCCUUCUCCACGCAGUAAAUUUAAGAUGUUUUAAAAUUGAAAUGAUACUUGAAUGCCGUACAGUAUCUUUUAGAAUAAUAAAGGUCCUCUGAACAAGAAUUUCUGUGCGAUUUGAGGGAGCAUUCACUAUUGGUGGAUUUACUGCUAUGGAUGAUCUUUGGUCUAAGAUUUUGUUUUCGGCACCUGUAUGUGAUGGAAAAUUCUGAUUGCUGGCCAGAUAUACGACCUAGCAAUGAUCACGAGGAGUGAGAGUGAACUCAGAUGGAAGUGGGCUAUGGUUAAUGUUGCAAAUGGGAAAUAAUUAACUUGUGAAAGCAGCUUGUGUUUCUUUCUUUUAAUGGAAUCGAGUUUUUCUGAGCUUAGAAGGAUAUAUUGGCAUAGCUAACACCCCCGACCUUUCCCCUCAGUCAACAGUGAUGAUAUGAAUUCUGUCUGGAGGUGAAAUUACGUCCAGCAUUAAAGCUGCAGUUGGCAGUCAGAUUAAGCUUGAUAUCUUCACUUGGCACAGGCAGGUGGGGUUGAUGUUUUCUUGCGCAUGUGCUUUUAUUAUUUUUCUCUUGUGCUGCACUCGACCUUUCGAGUAUUCAUGAUUAAAACCGGCUGGGAAAGAAAUUUUGUGCUGCCUUUUCUGGAGAAACUGGCCACAGUCUUUUGACACCAGUAUUUUUCCCCAUCGUUUCUCGAUUUGAGGUCUAUGGUCCAAUGGACAUUUGAGACAAUGUUGGUGCUUCUUGACGGCUAGUUUCAGAUAGGUGAGAUGAGGCAGGAAACCUGAAAAAGCUGCUGCUAUUACAUGCCCAACGUUCAGAGUGCUGUUGGAUUGGAUUCAUUAUCAUUUCUGUAAAUAUCUUCCUUUAAAGUUCAGGCCCCAUUUAUAUACCUUUUUUAUAUAUUUUCCCUUUCACCACCAUAAACAUGAAACACCAUAGUUUUUACUUUAGUACAAUUAGUCUUCUUGGAGAAGAAAAAUAAUUAGUUGUCCCUUUUUUUUUAAAUUUUCCCCCCCAGCUUUUAGGUGUUGAUAGAAAAUUUGCACAUCUUGGUAUGUACUGAUGCUAGAAAGUAGUCGAGGGGAGGAGGAGAAACUAUACUCAGAUUGAAGUUGUGGUGUGAGGAGAAUGUGAUGGGAGAGAUGUUUUGUGUGAUACUGCCGUCUGUGGUGUUGAUUGUAAGAUAUGGAGUGGACACUCCUUUUUGAGCUGCUAUGGAUAAGUUCCCAGCUUGGUUUAAAAUUAACAAUUUUUUUGCUUUUUCUCUUUUUUUUAAAAAAAAAGUUUUUUUUCUUUGUCAUUGUGUUUUGCUGCUAUUUUAUGGAUCAGUUUUUAUUACAAUGCCAUAUACUGCCAUGUUAUAGGUUUUAAUUUUCUCAUAGAAAAUUAUGAUAUUGACAUCAGUCUUUGUAGAUUUUUUUCAUUAAUGUGAUCAGUUCUUAAUGUGAUUACUGCUCUAUUCCAAAAAAAGGUUCCUGUUCACAUUACCUCAAACUACAGAUAACCAGAUUUUUUUUCUUUAAACACCAGGUUUUUGUUUCAUGUAUUGCCUCAUAGUCCAGUUUUACUGUAAACUGAAAUGCAUUGUACAUUUAUCUGAAAGGGUUCUGUAGGGAAAUGCUACAGGUUCCAAGAGGUCUGAUGUAUACUGUCUGAAUUUCAGGAACAUUUGCUUACCUCAAGUCAUUUCUGCAUGUGGAUCUCUCUUCUUCUGAACCUUCCAUUAUGUAACCACAAUGCUGCACAGACAACGGAAGUUGGUUGUACAAGGUUGUGUACUGAAAAGGCAGUGUACUGUAUUUUUAUAUUAAAGAAGAUAAUCUGUACUGAAAGUCCAAAGGCUGAAAUCGGGAUUUCAUGUACCGACAAAGAUGUCUGUUUUUUUUUUAAAUCAAUGUUUCACAUAUUUCAGAUGGUCACAAUCUAUAUAAAGCAUUCAAUUACAAA